UAUGUUGCCUUGAACUUCCCGUUUAAAUAUUACGAUCGCCAUGUGAAUGACCUUCUUAUUCAUCGUUAUGGAAAUGAAGGUUUAAUAAAUAUAUUCAGCGAAAAAUACAUUGGAAGAAUUUCAAAUCGGUUAAAAGAUAUAACGAAAUUGAUAUUUGAAGUUUUGAAUGAAAAAGGAUUAUUGGUUGUCAAAUCGUAUUUUGUGAAAACAGUUAAUGGUACAGAGGUUACAGCCAAGAUAACCAAUCUGAUACACCCGAAUGGGAAGAUAUCUUUCUACUAUGAUAACAUCCCCACGGAAAUCAAAGAAAGCGAGCAGGAAUCGAAAAUCAGUGCUGAUAUAAAGUGUGAAACACAUAAUGUGUCAGAUGAAAUAUAUGUUCCUGGUGAGUGGAUCAAACCUGGAACGUUGGUGGAGUAUGAAGCUUUUGGGAAGAUUUGUCCAAAAUACAAUUCGAUAAAAAAAUGCAAAAAAGCAACAACAUCAAAUAUAACAUGUAUUUGGUGUGAAAAAGCCAACAAAUGCAUUGAAAGUAAUGAUCAGAAUACUCAUAAAUUGAAAGUUGAUGAUUGCUAUGUUGAGGAGAGUUUGGAUGUUAACGAUUUGAGUGCACCAACUCCCAUCAAACAUGAUGAAAAAACAUUGAAGAUCACCGAAUUUCAGUUUGCAGAAAAGCUCAAGAAAAUUUUCGAAGAAACUGCUCAACAUUUGACUAUGACUGUCAAUACAACCGUAGGGAAUAUACAGAACAAAUUAUAUCUGUACUUGUACAUUUUGAUUAUUUUAGUCGUCUAUCCAGUUGUUAUAUAUAUCGGUUGUAUAAUUUGGAGAUGGCUCCAUUACAGUACUGAUUGAUUCUCAGACCAAGUUGUAUUUAUCGAGUAUUUUAAUAGAAAAGUUUAGAUUUUAUUAUUCGUUUGAACAAUUUUUCAAUGGAAU